GUGACUGUCAUUACUGUCAGUUAUGUCCUAAACUUAACUUAUUCAUAACUAUUGUAAACACUAUAGGAAUAAGAGUUAUUGAAAAAACCUAUUCAUAAUUGUCGUACAUUUAAACGUCAAUUGAUAUAGUUGAGUAGUAGUUAAGUAUAUUCAAUAACAAAAUGUUAAAAAAAGUUUUAUUAUCUACGGAUGUUGCAUUAGUAUGUGUACAACAUGCCCUGUCAACAGAAAAAGAAGAAAUAAUGGGACUACUUAUUGGCGAAGUUCACAAUAAUAAUACAUUGGUUUCAAUAGUAUCGUCUGUUAUAUUAAGACGUUUGGAUAAAAAACCUGAUAGAGUAGAAAUAUCUGAGGAGCAGCUUGUGAGAGCUACAUUAAGAGCAGAGGAAUUAGCAGCAGAAGUGGGGCGACCACUAAGGGUUGUUGGAUGGUACCAUUCUCAUCCACAUAUAACUGUUUGGCCAUCUCAUGUUGAUCUCUCUACACAAUCUAUGUAUCAAAGAAUGGAUUCUAGUUUUGUAGGUAUUAUAUUUGCUGCAUUUCUCUCUGAUCAAACAGCUAAAGCCCCCUCAGUACAAAUAACUUGUUUUCAAUCAAUUAAUGAAGGCUCAACUCAAAGUAGAAGAGAAAUUGAGUUAAAAAUCACAAACAAUAAUGACUCGCUGACUUUGAAUAAUUUUGAGAUUUUGACACAAUUGCCAACAAUUUUAAAAGAGGAAGAAGAGGAAGCAUUUAAAAAUGAAGCAGGAGAAACCGACAAAGAUGACAUUCUUAAUAUACAACAUAAUGCAGCAGUAAGGACUAUUGCUAUAGGUCACAUAGUUGAGAAGGUAUCACGGCCCAUGUUAGAAGCUCUUGUUGCCAGAAAUGCAAUAAACAGUAUCCGAUUAAAAGCUUUAAAAAAACAUCAUAAAGAAUUAAUGUCUAGAUUAGAUGGCAAUACAUUUGGUAAUGUUUAGUUUAUAAAAAUUAAUAAGUUUAAGUUGCAUUGUAAAAUGGUGUAAAUAAAUA